UGCCUUCAGUCGGUGUCCAAGUGUUCUCCGAGGACGGAAAAAUAGGCCGACUCUAUCGAGAAUUAUUCUCGAAUUGACAGAAGACCCUCGGAAAGGUAUGACGACCUCCGUGAACGGGAUUAAGGAUGUCAACGUUGUCAACGGAGAUAUUAUCAGUAAACAGAUGGAUAACGCGACGGAGAACGCGACGGAAAGACUCCUCGAAGUCGAGAUCCUUACCAAGGAAGACUUGGCUCCAGAUGGAGGCUGGGGAUGGAUGGUCGCCCUGGGCAUGAUCCUGGCUUUCGUAAGUGGCUUUAUCCAUCCGCAUGGCUCGGGGGAAGGAAUUGUCUCGCGUAAGACGACAUCCAAUGGCCCCACCGCUUCUUUUGCCAUUAUUUUUGGGGAUUUUCUUAACGAAACGGGCCAAGCUGGGUCAGCAUCGACUCUCCUAAAUUCCGUCUUCAUGGUCAGCUUCUCGUUCUCAGGUCUCCUGACGAAUUGCCUGCUGAAGAAGUUUUCCAUGAGGUCGGUCGGAAUUGCCGGAGCUAUCAUUUUUGCAAUUCCCAACAUUGCCUUGGCGUUGGUCCAGCACGUCUACCAAAUGGCACUGAUCUUCCUAUUACAGGGUAUCGGUCUCGGGUUCAUCAUCACCAUCUGCAACACGAAUUUUAACGCCUAUUUCGUUAAAAGAAGAGCUACGGUCAUGAGUGCCUCCCAGGUGAUCAUCGGUUUGGGGGGCAUUGUUUACCCCAUUUGCAUUGAAAGAAUGAUGACAGCAUUUGGCUUUCGCGGCACCGCCGCGAUGACGGGAGUUUUGAGUCUCCAUUGCGUCGUCGGCAUGACGAUGAUGCAUCCGGUGGAAUGGCAUUUCAGGGAUAGACGAGAAGUCCUUCGGGAACGAGCGGCUGCCCGAAAAUUGUCGAAAGGAGAGCUGGACGGAAGUCGAAGAUACGACGAGGUCGGAAGACGCAGCAUCGAUAUCUCCCAGGCCAAUUCCCGAAGGACCAGUCUCAGGAGUCUGAAAGAGGGACGGAUACAGGAGAUCCCUCUUCUCGUCGAGACUCUCAAGACAUCGCAGAGUCGAGUGACGUCGUCGUCGGACUUGGACAUCGGUGGACCAUUUCGACCCAGGACCAAGUCCAUCACGGCUAGGGAUGUCCUGAAGAAGAGGCUGUCGAUCCUCUCGGCUUCCAGCAUGACGAAUCUCACCAGCGUCGGGGUUCUAGGGCAGCCUGAAGUUCGCCGACAAUCCGAAAUGGAGAACAAGUUCGACUCAUCGUCGGCUAAGAAAUCCAGGACCAUUCUGACCACAUUGGCGGAUUUCUUCGAGGUUGGGUUACUGAAGGACUGGGUCUUCCUGAACUCCUGUCUGGGCAUCAGCUUCGUUUUCACGAGCGACCUCACCUUCGCAACCCUUUUGCCCCUGAUGAUGACGGAUGCUGGAUACUCCAAAAGUGACUCCGCUCUGGCAAUUACAGUGGGUGCCACCGCGGAAUUGCUUUCCAGGAUCCUCCUGGCAAUUUUUACAGUUUUCGUCAACGCAAGGGCCAAGUACAUUUUCUUCUUCGCUAUGGUUGCCAUGGUUUUUGCAAAGCUAGCCUUCCUGUAUCUGGAAGACACCUUAUCAGGAACAUUGGUGUCGAUAGCAGCGAUUGGAGUGGUGCGUUCGUGGUUGCUGGUUCCUCAUCCAUUGGUCAUUGUUGAAAAUUUCACCGUUGACAAUUUCGCAGCAGCGUAUGGUGUCUUUACGGUUGUCAGUGGAGUAACAUCCAUUGUCUUCGGACCAGUCGUUGGGUACAUAAAGGACUGGACGAACAGUUUCGACGUUUGUCAGCUCGUUCUUGUUGGUCUGAAUUUCUUGUUCGUCGUGCCAUGGAUGCUGGAAUUCUUUUGGGUGGAUUUUCUUCCCAGAAGAAAAGAUAAAGAUGCAAAGCAAGCUCCAGGAGCUUAACACGUCAUACCAUCGUCAAAGAGAUCUUGUACAUACGCACAUUGUUACUUGUGCACUGGCGGUCAUGAAUGACUUACAAGUGUACAUGGCGGCAAGUUUAAAUCCACGAAAAUGUUGGGCGGGUACGAGUGGGUACGCGCUGAUUAUCUCAUUAAAAAUUCUACCUUGCAGCUAGUUCGCGGAUCGGUGCCAUCUUUAGGGGAUGGCACCGUUACAAACGUUAUGUAACGGUUAUAUUAAUGUCACGUAACCGUGUUUGGUGGGUUGUUACUGUUGAAGAGGGAUGUCUCACGGAAUUUCCAGAGAGUAGCAGAGGGAAUCCUUACCUUGGAUUAUACAUCGAGCACCAGGUGACGGAUGGAUACUCUACGAGGUCUCAACCUGAAGAAACGAGAGAAGGAGCUGACGACAAGACUGGUCAAUUUGUUAAUAUUCUUUUAAACGAGCUCAAAAAUGUAUGUACUUGCGGUACCUGAGGUAAACUAAACUGUAAAAUAAUUAAUGUAAUAAAGCAACUUAUUGAACAAUAACAA